AUGUUAGAAAAAGUUUUAUCCAAUGCCAUGUUGAAGGCUAAACCUAAUCUUGAAUCGAGGAUUAGGACAUUGAAAAGAGAUUGGUCAAUCGUUUAUGACAUGGUUAGAGGAAAAAACAAUAGUGGCUUUGGUUGGAAUGAGCAUAGGCAGCUUGUUGUUGCUGAAGAUGCGAGUCAUAAAGAAGCAGCUCAAUUCAGACAUCGAAGUUUCCCUUAUUAUGACCAACUUACUGCCAUCUACACAAAAGAUCGAGCCACUGGAAAAGAUGCUCAAACAGCUGCUGAUAUUAUUGAAGAAAUAAAUGCUGAGGAUGUAACGGUUACAAAUACUCAUGAAGAAAGAAAUAAUUUUCAUGGAUCCGAAGCUAAUGUUUCUUUGGAUGAAAUGGAUCUUUCAGCUACACAACCACAACUAGAACUGCAACCAGCUAGAAACCAAGGUGAUUUUGCAUUUUCAAAGAAGAAAAAAAAGAUUUCUGAUGCAAGUGAUUUUUCUACUUCAUUUAAUGAUGUUGCCGCUUUAUUGGCGGAAAAUAUACGGACCGUUGGCCUUGAAAUUAGUAAGAGUAUUGCUUCUGAAGUGGUAAUUCAACAAAAUUCAGAAAUGACCAUUCAAGAAAGUGCUCUGAAAUUAUAUCCAACAUUAUGUGAAGUGGAAGGUUUAACUGAGGAUGAACGCUAUCGAGCAUUGAGCAAAAUUCAAGAUCAUCCAACGCAAAUGCUCAUUUUCUUUAGUUUACCUUCUGUUGUGCAAUUGGAAUGGGUCAAAAAAUUUCUUGCUGACCAUUAA